UAGAGUGAGUACGCUGAAGCAAGAGUUUUCAUUACAAAGAUUCAGACAUAAAUCUGCAUCCAUGGCUACAGAAGUUGUUGGAGCAGAAUGGUCGGGUCUAAGGUGGACUGCAAUAUUGCUUGUGACUGGUUUUCUUGUACUUGCUUCAGCACAAGGAACCAGCUUGGAGCAAGAUGAUGCUUCUUCAAGAUACAUUAAUGGGACUCAAAAGUUUCAAUCUGAUAAUGAUCUAUUUACCAGAGUGUUCAACUUUCUAUGGCAACAAGGUCCAGGAUUAUGGAGUUAUGAGCAUGUUUGGCCUGAAAUGAAAUUGGGCUGGAAAAUUGUGGUGGGUUCAGUAAUUGGAUUCUUUGGGGCUGCUUUUGGGACUGUUGGUGGAGUUGGUGGGGGUGGCAUUUUUGUUCCAAUGCUCACUCUGAUUAUUGGGUUUGAUCAGAAAUCAUCAACAGCAAUAUCAAAGUGUAUGAUCACUGGUGCUGCAUUUUCUUCUGUUGUCUACAAUUUAAGGCUAAGGCAUCCCACGCUUGAGCUGCCCCUCAUCGAUUAUGACUUGGCGCUUCUUUUCCAACCAAUGCUUGUGCUUGGGAUCAGUAUUGGAGUUGCUUUAAAUGUGAUAUUGGCUGACUGGAUGAUUACUGUGUUGCUAAUUAUUACUUUCAUAGGCACAUCAACUAGGGCAUUCUUCAAGGGCGUUGAGACAUGGAAGAAGGAAACUAUAAUGAAAGAGGAGGCUGCUAGACGACAAAUGCAGUCGAAUGGGGAUCCUAGGGAAGAAGUUGAAUACAAACCUCUACCUGGUGGCCCAAGCAUUGACACUUCAACAGAAAUCAGGGAACCUAAAAGAACAGAGGUUCCUAUCAUUGAGAAUCUUUACUGGAAGGAACUUCUAGUUCUUGUUGCUGUCUGGGUCAUAAUACUUGCAUUGCAGAUUUCUAAGAAUUAUACCACAACUUGUUCAGCUGCAUAUUGGGCAUUAAACCUCUUGCAGAUCCCUGUUGCUUUCUCAGUAACUACAUAUGAGGCAGUUAACCUGUACUUGGGACAUAGAGUGAUUACAUCCAAGGGCGAAUCGCACACAGAUUGGAAAGUGCACCAGCUUGUUCUUUAUAGUGCCUGUGGCAUCGUAGCUGGUAUAGUUGGUGGAUUGCUUGGUCUUGGUGGAGGGUUCAUUUUGGGUCCUGUUUUUCUGGAGCUGGGAAUCCCACCUCAGGUGUCAAGUGCCACAGCCACAUUUGCCAUGACAUUUUCUGCCUCCAUGUCUGUUAUAGAGUACUACCUCCUACAUCGUUUUCCAGUUCCUUACGCUCUCUACCUUGCUGCUGUAGCCACCCUUUCUGCCGUUGUAGGGCAACAUGUAGUGAGAAAGGUGGUCAUGAUUUUAGGGAGAGCAUCUAUAAUUAUCUUCAUUCUGGCCUUCACAAUCUUUGUGAGUGCAAUAUCAUUAGGUGGGGUUGGAAUAGCAGAUACGGUUGAAAAGAUUGAGCACAAAGAGUACAUGGGAUUUGAAAACAUCUGCACUUAUGAUGCCUAGUUUCAGCGACUUUCUGCUUCCACUUCCACCAUCGCAAACUCCUUACCCUACCCUAAGCUUCAAGAUUCCUCUGAUUUGACAACAAAAGUUGGAUCCUUUUUUGGACCAACUAAGCUGGCCCUACAAGUUAUCACUAGCAUGAGAGGGAAGAGAAACGAACUGUCCUGAAAUUCUUGAGCACCAAUUCGGCUUGUACCUUUUGAGAUUUGGAAAAUAAAUUUUAUCAGUUGCUUUCCUAA